AUGUAUGGCCGUAAUAUUAUUGUUGAAGUGGUUCAACUCACUCUUCCCGAAGACCAGAAGGUCAGCAUUACCACAGUAACAGUCGGACUGAGCACUGUAUUGACCUGCACUAUCCACGGAGCCCUAAGACCCCCAAUUAUCUGGAAGCGAAAUGGAGUCAUCCUGAACUUCUUAGAUUUGGAAGAUAUCAACGAUUUUGGAGAGGAUGAUUCCCUCUACAUCACCAAGGUAACAACUAUUCACAUGGGCAAUUACACCUGUCAUGCCUACGGCUAUGAAGAGCUAUAUCAGACCCACAUCCUUCAGGUGAAUGUGCCACCAGUGAUUCGGGUAUAUCCUGAAACUCAAGCACAGGAACCUGGUGUAUCUGCAAGCCUCAAAUGUCAUGCUGAAGGGAUUCCUAAUCCCAGAAUCACCUGGCUAAAGAAUGGUAUUGAUAUCAUGCCAAAACUAUCCAAACAACUAACACUCUUAGCAAAUGGAAGUGAACUUCAUAUCAGUAGUGUUCGAUAUGAAGACACUGGUGCCUAUACCUGCAUCGCCAAAAAUGAAGUGGGAGUGGAUGAGGACAUAUCUUCUCUCUUCAUUGAAGAUUCAGCCAGAAAAACCCGCCUCAGCGUGGGAAACAUGUUUUAUGUCUUUUCUGAUGAUGGAAUCACAAUUAUUCAGCCAAAUGAAUGUGAGAUCCGAAGACACAUCAAACCCAAUGAAAGAAUUUUUACAAGCUAUGAAGAGAUAUGUCCUGAAGUUGAAGGUGAAGCCACUCAGUCCUGCCUCUGGGCUUCAGCCAUCAAUGUCAGAGACAAGUAUAUUUAUGUGACGCAGCCCAGGCAAAAUAGAAUACUGAUUAUUGAUAUCCAGACCCAGAAAGUCAUGCAGUCUGUGGAUGUUGAUCCCCUACCUACCAAAUUACAUUAUGAUAAGUCACAUGACCAAGUCUGGGUCCUUAGCUGGGGUGAUAUGCAGAAGUCUCAUCCAACACUGCAGGUAAUAUCAGAGGCAAGCACAGGGGAAAAUCAGCAUAUCAUCCGGACACCAUUUGAAGAAGUGGAUGAUUUUUUUAUACCACCUACUAAUCUUAUUAUUAAUCACAUUAGGUUUGGUUUCAUCUUUAACAAAUCGAAAUCUGCAGUUCAAAAAAUUGACCUGGAAACUGUGACCCACAUCAAGACUAUCAGCUUCAAAAACUAUAGCUGCAUCCCACAGACCAUGGCCUAUACACACUUGGGUGGCUACUUCUUUGUCCAGUGUAAAAAGAAUACGUCGGUAACUGCAUUUCCCCAGCUUAUUAUUGACAGUGUUACAGAUUCUGUGAUCGGCCCCAACAGCGGCGUAUCGGGCACACCCUAUAUUUCACCUGAUGGGUGCUUUUUGGUCAGUGCAGAUGAAGACAGUGGCAGGAUCAAGGUCCAGGCAAUAACCAUCCAAGGGGAAAUCAAGUUGAUUUAUGACUUACAAACAAAUGUGCAUAUAUCUGAUCUGACAUUUCAACCCUCUUUCACUGAAGGCAACCAGUACUAUAUAUAUGCUACUUCACAUUUGCAAACAGAUGUGCUUUUUGUAGAGCUGUCAACAGGGAAAAUGAAUGUCCUGAAGAAUUUAAAGGACCCUAUCAUAUCCAAAGACUGGCCAUGGAGCAGCUACAACAGAAUUAUGAAAGACAGUGGAUUAUUUGGACAGUACCUUAUUACACCAGCUAAAGAUUCACUGUUUGUUAUUAAUGGGAGACAAAACACAUUACGCUGUGAGAUUUCAGGUAUCAGGAGAGGUAACACAGUGGUCUGGGUUGGAGAAGUAUGAAAGGGCAAAAAAGUAGAGCCAACAGCAGACAAAUACUGGUUGGACCUUUACACUGCAACAAACAAGCAGUCGCAUUGUAUAUUUUUACACUGGAAAAAAACCUGUAUAAGCUUCAUGGUGCAACACUGGUCUACUUGCAAGUUCUCUAGUAUAAGGUAUGCUCUGCUAAUAGAAAGUGGGUUUUGUUGGGAAUUUUUUUGUUUGGAAGUAUGAUUUAUGGUUAUGAAAAGAACACAGUCUGGGAAAAGGAAUAAUUUCUCCACCGAGCUAUUAUAUGAACCAUGUAACUUGGCAGUUCUGUAGAACAAAACAGCUUCUGAGUUUCAGGAAUGACAAGUCUUAUGUUCAAGUUCUCAAUUUUCAUUCAGUCUACACACCAAACCUCCUGUACCUCUGGUUAUUGAACCACCUAACUAUACCACCUUUAAUGUAGAGUGGAAAAGCCAGAGGCAAAACUGCAGUUAAUACUCGUCUGUGAGCAAUGAGGGAAAAAUUAACAUCACAAAAAGCAUUUUUCAAAAUGCAGAAAUCUAGGGAGAGAUUUAAUGAAAACUGAUAGGUUUUCUUUGCAGGAUGGAUUUUAAAGAAUACUUUGAGGUGUUUUUAAAACCAAAAAUGGCAGAAACAGCUCUUUUUCUUCCCUCUCCUUUGCUCUUGGCACUACCAAAAGCAAUAUUGUAAAGUCCCACCUCUUCUGGUAGGUAGAAAGAAUAUCACCUAAUUGUAUUUGAGUAACUUGUUGCUGAAAAAAAAUGAGGUGGUAGGGUUGAUUUUAAAGCUAGAAAGCAUGAAUGAGUCUGAUUGGUUGAAUUUUCUACAUUCUCAAGAAGCAGAGCACUCCACCUUAGACACCAAGUGACAGAAGUCAGAUCCGUCAUUGUGUGCAAGAACGCAUGCAUUCCAGCACGCGGGAAAGUAGCCAAGGGUGCUCCCAUGAGAGGUUGUCCUAGAAGUUGCUCAUUUCCCUUAUUAAAAAUGUACUAGCAUUGAAGUCACUUGGUUCUUCAUAAAACAAUGGCUACAUCUCCAAAUGCAAGACUUUCAGCAGUAUUUUUUUAACAGAAAGCUUUCACCCUUUAUAAUCUAAUCCUUAAUUUACAUGUCUCUCAACAAAGAUUCUCAGAGAUUUUUUCUUUUGCUUUUUCUUUCCAUUUAUAGCACUCUUGUUUAUAGUCAAUCACCAUUUAGUUACAAGCAAAGAGAUUCAUGUAAAACCAAUUAAAUUACCCCAGAAUGCAACAGCUGGCAUUGAGAAAUUUAAGUUGCUUUCCCAUAAAAAUGUACAUUCAUUUGCACAUUUAGAGAGAUAUAAAAGAAAAACUCACCAGUUCCUUUUCAAAGCUUUCCCUUUUCAUCACCAUGAAAUAAUCAGGAUAACAGCAGCUAUAGGUACAUUUUCAAAAUUAUUCAAGCCAUACAAAUACUUUAUAAAUAGCAAAAGAUGAGCAGCUAUACCCCACACUGCUUUGAAAAGGUAAAUUUGAUGUUGGUGCAAGCUCCCUCUUCUACGAUAGGCAUUUGUUGCAUCACAGCACUUGGCCUUUUGAAUGACAUGGAGACAGCUAUUCUCUAAAAUGACCUUUGUUGCCCAGAGUUUAUACGAAAGCAAUUUCUGAAUAUAUACGGUGGUACUUAAAAGGUGCGGUAACCGUUGUUUUGGGGGGGGUUUUAAACACAGAUGCUUAAGAGUCACCUUCUUCACAAUGCACAUAAAAGGAUUUUAAAUCAAAAGACUGCAGACUAACUCCAGUAACCUUUGCUUUAAAUGUUUACCUUUUACCAAAAGAGUUGCAUUUUCGGAUGGCUGUAAAAUCAAGUUAUUUGAACCAUCUUAGUUCUGUAAAAAAAUAAUUUAAAACCUGUUCAGGCAGACAAAGAAGAGGAAAUGAAUCCUAUGAAUUCAUUAAACAUGAACUCCUUUAAAUUGCCCUUUCUACCACUGAUAGGCAGAAACCUAUAUAUUUUCUCUUAUGAGCCAUAGGGGUUAGAAGAGACUAUCCCACCAUUAGAACACAAACACAUACAAAUUGGCAUAGUCUUCAUUUAGAAAUGCAUGUUUUUCAUGGUUCACUACUCAUCUGGUGUGGAAACAUACACAGGUCUAGGAAAGGAGGAGAUCAACUUUGUAAGUACUUUUAAAUAUGCACAACUCCUUUCUAAAACAAAGCUGUACUCAUAUAUCACAGUCAUCCUGAAAAUGUUUUGUUAGGCCAACCACUGCUCUAGUGUUACCUUUUAUGAUUUCUUGAAUAUUUGAUUAUGCCUAUGGAAAGUCUCCCUGUAGAGAAAUUCAUUGUGCCAUAGAUCAAGCAAAUAUUACUUUUAUAAGAAUAUUUUACAAAAAAAAAAGUUGUAAAUAUCCGUUCAGGUAAAUAUUCUUGAGACUGGUUUAUAUAUAGGAUGUGAAAGAUGUGUACUACACCUCACUUUUUUCUGUUUGUCUGGAAAUAUAGGACUAGGAUUCACUCGAAAACUCCCACUUUAACCUUCCAAAGAUGCUCCCGUCCUUCCCUUCUUCAGCCCACGUUCUGGUGAUGUGUUUUCUAAAUUAUCCUACUGGCUAUACCGUACUUAGAAAAUGAAGUACAAUUUAGAUUGUCCACGCUAUUUGUGAACAGUUCCAACAAUGAUGGUCAAUCCAACAUUAAAGUGCUGCACAUU